AUGCCAUCGGAGAAACUCCGGCCUUUUGUUUUUCCGUUUGUCUCACGUGACAUCUCUCAAGGUUUUAUCGAUAAGGAAGUUUCGACGUCGCGAGUUGAAUUAAAAGAAAAUACAAAAACAAUUGACGAUCAGCGACGACGACGACAACGAAGAGCCGACGAGAAGAAGGCUAGAAGUAGUCUAGAAGAAGAGACUGUCGUGAUGGCCCGGGAGACGCUCUCUGCGAUCAUCCAAACACCCGCAGCGGCCAGCAAUCUUGCUAUCAUAGAUGUCCGAGAUUCUGACCAUGUCGGCGGCAACAUCGUCACUUCGCAAUGGGUGCCCAGUUCCUCCUUUGAUGUUCAUGUCCCAGAGCUUAUCCGGACUCUUAAGGACAAGGAAAAAGUCGUCUUCCACUGUGCUCUGAGCCAGCAGCGCGGCCCAUCAGCUGCUUUAAAAUACGCGAGAGAACGAGCCAGAGUGCUCGGUGAGGAUGAAAGCGCCAAACAGACCAUCUUUGUUCUUGAUGGGGGCUUCGUCAAGUGGCAGGAGGUCUUCGGCAACGACCCGAAACUCACUAAUGACUAUGUCAAAGAUAUCUGGGACGACUACUGA